CUAACUUACAGUCUGAGUAUACACAAUAAUACUUCAUGGUGGUGCAGUUGUGUGUUGUCCAAUGAUUAACUACUGGACUGAUAAAGCAGAAAUAAGAGAGAGAAAGAAAUUGGGGAAGAACAAACAGAGAGCGAAGGAAAGAAACACGUCAGAUAGAGAAGUAAAAUCAGCAUAGAUAAAGGAAGGACAUUGACUCAGCAGUUGCUGUUUGAGGGGAAAAAAGAGGAAGAGGAAAGCUCCGAUAGUGUCCAAGUGUGUGCAGCAAGUGCAUGCUGAGUUUCUCAUUUUGCUGCUUUUCUCCUGCCGUGGUUAAAUGUACUCCAUGGAGGACACACAGGUGGCCAGGACCAUAGAGCUGAAUGAUGGCACACGAAUGCCAGUUUUGGGUCUCGGGACUUGGAAGCCCUCAAAUCUUCCCCGCUUCUCAGUCCAGGGUGCAGUGGAGGCUGCUAUUGCGGCUGGCUACCGCCAUAUAGACACCGCUUACAGCUACAACAAUGAGGUUGAUAUUGGCAAGGCUCUGUGCUCCAAGACAAAGCAGGGCAUCAUCAGGCGCCAGGACAUGUUCAUCGUCAGUAAGUUGUGGUGUACCCAUCAUGCCCCAGAGGACAUCCCUGUGUGCCUGAAUAAGUCUCUGAAGGAUCUCCAGCUGGACUAUCUGGAUCUUUACCUUGUGCAUUUCCCUGUUGGCCUAAAGAAAAUGGGUGAUGAACUUUUCCCAAAGAAGGAUGGAAAGAUGCUGACCUGUGACAUAGACUAUGUGGAUGUAUGGAGGGGGAUGGAGGCCCUGCAAGCAUCAGGAAAGGUGAAGAGUAUUGGUGUGUCCAACUUCAGCAUCCUGCAGUUGAAGAGACUUCUUGCUCUGUGCAGGGUGCCCCCUGCUGUCAAUCAGAUCGAGCUACAUCCCUACCUGGUGCAGACAGAUAUGAUAGAGUUCUGUAAAUCCAAGAACAUCGCCCUGACUGCCUACAGUCCCUUUGGCUCACCUGCGAGACCCCCAGAGCUGUUCAGAGGAGACACUGAUCCACAUAAGCUCCUGGAGGACCCAGUCGUAGCAGAUAUAGCCAAAAAGCACCGACACAGCCCUGCACAGGUAUUGUUGAGGUACCAUGUGCAGCAGGGUAUUGCAGUCAUCCCUAAGAGUGACAAGCCUCAUCACAUCCUUGAAAACACAAAGAUGUUUGACUUCAGUCUGACUGAAGAAGACAUGAGAGCACUAAGAGGACUGGACCGAGGGUGGAGGGCCUGCAUGCUCGAUGAAAUCAAGUCUCAUCCAUACUACCCCUUUGUCUGAGGCUGCCAGGAGAGUGGAGAGAACAGACAGCACACUGGAUUGACGAAUACCAUAAACAUCAACAAGCGUCAGACCAGCUACACACAGUCUGCUGUACCUGCAGUAUCACACACUGUAAUUCAUCAGUGCCUUGUUUACAUAAUAACAAUAGAAUAUGAAGAGGGAAGACAAAUCUGAGGAUGAUUCCUCUUAUUUGCUUCUGCUAGUCCACAUUAUUCAAUAACACAACAUUUAUUUUCACUGUUAUGCAGAUGAUACGCAGAUUUACCUCCCCCUAGAGCCUACAAAAACAAACUAACUUACCUCAGUAACUGUCUUCAAGACAUCAAAUCCUGGAUGGCUGCAAGCUUUCUCCAGCUCAAUGAAAAUAAAACUGUAAAUGUU